AUGGUCGUCCAUCAUACUGAAUCACAACGUUCUCCAGACAUGGAGCCUACAGAGACACCACGCAGCAGUAAGAGAAAAGCAGAAGAUGAAACCAAAGUCAUUGGGUCCAAAAGAGUAAAGCUGGGUCUGGAUUGUGUGCUGGUCAGACACAAUCCACUUGCGGACUGUGCAGAGGUCAGACACACCUUUCCUGUGGACUGUGCAGAGGUCAGACACACCUCUCCUGUGGACUGUGCAGAGGUCAGACACACCUCUCCUGCGAUCAGUGUGACCUCAGAGUACCUCGAGAAGGCCAUCAGUGAGGAGAAGCUGCUGGAGCUUCUACACUACUCUGCUCUGGGCAAGGCACCGGGGCGUGUCAGGAGGCCCAGCUGGUGCCACUUGCGAAGACAGAGAAGGCUGACGGCGGUCUGUGUGGCUGUGGUGGAGCAUGUGAGUCAGAGGGACUUUUACCAACACUACCUGUCCCUCCCCAACCUGCGCACCAACUAUACCGUCAGACUGACCCUGAGCUCCUCUUCCUCUGACCUGGUGUCAGACAUCUUCAGCUCAGAGGUCCACAUCGUGCCCCAGUGUCCACAGAAGAAACGGGACAGUCCACACUUACACCCGGAGCUGAGGACUCAUCCGGUCAUCACCAAGUAUGGGAUAAAGAGGAGGGGGCUAACAGCCUACCUUCUGACUGCAGACGAUAUGGCCAAGCGGAAAUAUCCCCUCAUAGGCUCUCCCGGCUCUGAGGACUAUGUGAGGACAGACUCUGACCCUGAGGUGACCAAUAGCAGCCCACUCUUUGGCCUCGACUGUGAGAUGUGCCUGACAAAGCAGGGGUACGAGCUCACGCGUGUGUCCCUGGUGGACAGCUCAGGAGCCUGUCUGCUGGAUGAGCUGGUCAAACCCCACAACAAGAUACUCAACUACUUAACACAGUUCUCGGGGGUGACACCUGAGAUGCUGGAGCCAGUGCAGACCACUCUGAGUGAUGUCCAGGCCAGACUGCGGUCACUAUUACCCAGGGACGCUGUUUUGGUGGGACACUCGCUGGACAGUGACCUCCGGGCUCUGAAGAUGAUGCACCCUCACGUGAUUGACACGUCGCUCCUCUACAGUGGACAUUGUGGACAUCGGUUUAAGCUCAAGCACCUGGCUGAGGUGCUUCUGCAAAAGCAGAUCCAGACGGAGGACCGGUGUGGCCAUGACCCCUGUGAGGACGCUGUGGCCGCACUGGAGCUGGCUCAGCACUUCAUCUGCAGCGGCCCCCUCAAGAUAGUGGAGCAGCACCUAGAUCUGUGGGGCCUCACUCUGAAGGAAGAACCAGAGAGCUCUCCAGCAGCAGCGCCCAGCUCACGGUUUGCUGACUUGCUACAGGCCUGUGGGCGCUCCUCAGCCUUCUGUGGGCCACGUACUCCCUUUGAUAUGUGCUUACCCCUGUCCAGGCAACAGUGGCACAGCUCUGACAGAGAGGUUCUGCUGGCUUUCAGAUGUCAGCCCAAGUGUGCGGCCUUCACAGUGUUGCAGUUCACUUCUGGACAGACUGCAGGCGCUCAAGUUGAGGCUAGUCAAAAGGCCUGUCCUCCUCUCAGGGACCUGUGUGUGGUGUUGGCGGGGCCCCUCCCUCCUCAAUCCUCAGAAGAAGAUGUAAGGCUCCUUUUGUGCUUCUGCGGACCCCUGCUCUCCAUCAGGCUCAUCAACACUGCUGCGUGCCGGGUCCAUGCAGAGGUCCAGUUUGAGCUGCCGGAGUCAGCUGUGAUUGCACUGUCCUCUCUGACCAGGCUCACACUGCACGGACGCCGCAUCCAGGUGAAGCGGCCCCUCAGUGACUCCACCCUGGACGUAUGUGAGGCUGUGGAGGCUCUGGCCUCUGAUCCGCUCACCCGCUGCCUGCUCUAUGUGGCCUGCUCCCUCCCAGGCACAGCGGCUUCAGGCACAGCGGCUUCAGGCACAGCGGCUUCAGGCACAGCGGCUUCAGGCACAGCUGCCUCAGGCACAGCUGCCUCAGGCACAGCUGCCUCAGGCACAGCUGCCUCAGGGCAGGUGAAUGGGCGUAGGCUGCUCACAGAGGACUCCCUGAUGGACACGUUCAGCUGCUUUGGCCCAGUGCUCCGGGUAGUGACCAGAGGACUUACACACGCAUAUAUAGAGUUUGUGAGUGCGGACAGCAGACGGGACGCUCUGAGCUCCUCCCAGGACCUGUUCGAGCUCCACUUCCUGCUCUGUCCUGCUCUCACACCACUGCACCUAUCUGCCCCUGGUCCCGCCCCCUCUACAGCCUCCCUCAUGCCUGCUCCGGCCUUUACAUCUAAGGCUGCAGCUCGGAGGCUGAGGAAGCUGGACCGGCGUCUGGGUAAAGUGUUCCGCUGUCUGCCAGAGGGGUCCUUAUCUGUGGUGGUCUUGAGGGGCGGCUGCGACACUCCAGGCCUGUGCUUUGUGGAGGUCAAGGACACUUCCUAA